GGUGACCGGGAGCGCGCGGGGACUGCCGGGCCUGUGCCCUUCGGGGCCCUCUGCAGGGCUGGGCCGGGGUUUCGCGGUGGGAACCCACCCUGGGCGAGGGGAGCGGGGUCCAGCGAGGCGGCUUCUCCCGUGCCGUGGAACUUUCGGCCCCUCCCCUUCCCUCCUAGCGACCCUGGAGCGCGGCCCGGCGGCCACUGUCCCCCUGCCUGUGACUCGGGCUCUCGCACAACUGGGGAGCCCGGUGCCCCCUCGGCUUCUGCGCCGUCCCCUGGGCUGAGCUGGUUGCCCACAGGUGCCCCCGCCCCAUCUCAGGGAGUGGCCACCCAGCCCUGAGCCCGUCGUGAGGGGUCAGAGAUGGCGCUGACCCCUGAGUCCCCGAGCAGCUUCCCUGGGCUGGCUGCCACCGGCAGCUCUGUGCCGGAGCCGCCUGGCGGCCCCAACGCAACCCUCAACAGCUCCUGGGCCAGCCCCACGGAGCCCAGCUCCCUGGAGGACCUGGUGGCCACGGGCGCCAUUGGGACUCUGCUGUCGGCCAUGGGCGUGGUGGGUGUGGUGGGCAACGCCUACACCCUGGUGGUCACCUGCCGCUCCCUGCGCGCGGUGGCCUCCAUGUACGUCUACGUGGUCAACCUGGCUCUGGCGGACCUGCUGUACCUGCUCAGCAUCCCCUUCAUCGUGGCCACCUACGUCACCAAGGAGUGGCACUUCGGGGACGUGGGCUGCCGUGUGCUCUUCAGCCUGGACUUCCUGACCAUGCACGCCAGCAUCUUCACGCUGACCGUCAUGAGCAGCGAGCGCUACGCUGCGGUGCUGCGGCCGCUGGACACCGUGCAGCGCCCCAAGGGCUACCGCAAGCUGCUGGCGCUGGGCACCUGGCUGCUGGCGCUGCUGCUGACGCUGCCCGUGAUGCUGGCCAUGCGGCUGGUGCGCCGGGGUCCCAAGAGCCUGUGCCUGCCCGCCUGGGGCCCGCGCGCCCACCGCGCCUACCUGACGCUGCUCUUCGCCACCAGCAUCGCGGGGCCCGGGCUGCUCAUCGGGCUGCUCUACGCGCGCCUGGCCCGCGCCUACCGCCGCUCGCAGCGCGCCUCCUUCAAGCGGGCCCGGCGGCCGGGGGCGCGCGUGCUGCGCCUGGUGCUGGGCAUCGUGCUGCUCUUCUGGGCCUGCUUCCUGCCCUUCUGGCUGUGGCAGCUGCUCGCCCAGUACCACGAGGCCCCGCUGGCGCCGCGGACGGCGCGCAUCGUCAACUACCUGACCACCUGCCUCACCUACGGCAACAGCUGCGCCAACCCCUUCCUCUACACGCUGCUCACCAGGAACUAUCGCGACCACCUGCGCGGCCGCGUGCGGGGCCCGGGCAGCGGGGGAGGCCAGGGGCCCGUUCCCUCCCUGCAGCUCCGCACCCGCUUCCAGCGCUGUUCGGGCCGUUCCCUGUCUUCCUGCAGCCCACAGCCCACUGAGAGCCUCGUGCUGGCCCCAGCAGCCCCGGCCCGACCUGCGCCCGAGGGUCCCAGGGCCCCGGCGUGAGCACGCGGAGCGAUGGCUGGAGUCCAGGCGGGGACGGGCCCCAAAGCCCCAGCCACUCCUGGGAGCCCCUCCACAGAGCCCCCCCCCAACUCCCAAGUCACAGGCCCUGCCCCUCCUCCAUCCCCUUCUGGAAAGAUCCUGCUCGCUUCCCCUCAGCGCCCUCCACAUGAUGCCCAGAAGCGCCCACGCGCCUCCCUGAGGGUCUCCAGGAGGCUCCAGCCCAGUCCCGGCUUCUGGAGACCAUGGCUUCGUCACGGAGGGCAGCAGGGGCCAGUGCCCGGCCCGUGUGGAGACCAUGGCGCGGCUGCAGCCCCUGGGACCCUCCUCCUCUCAGCCAGCGGCCCCGUGACUCCCGUCCCUGCCUGUGUGGCUCCAUCCCUUGUGGCUUUGCCACUGGAACAAUCAACCCUGAGCUGGCUUCCGUGUCCUGCCUCGGCGCGGGGGACGCCACGUCUGAGUGGUGGGAGGAUCGGCCGGCAGGACCCCCAGGACAACACCGGCAGCUCAAGGGGGAGCCUGUGGGUCUGGCUGGGGUCGGGGGUGCACCUGCCUUUGAGGCCUGUGCAGGCGGCUGGUCUGGCACCUGAUAUGGGGCAGGGAAGGUGGCCAGGAGGGGAGGCUCCGGCCGAGGGGUGGAGCAGGGCAGGCAGGCAGAGGCCUGAGGCUUCGGGUGCAGAAUGCAAGACGACAAGGUCGCUGGCGGCACCUACAGGCCUCCUGGGCUCUCAUCCACGCCUGGCUCAGGUCUGAUCAGAAACGGAAUCCAGGUACCGCCUCACACUAGCAUUGGCGGUCUCUGCCCCACUCACCCCUCACUGCCUCCUGGACAGACUUCCUGCCCCUGCUCCCAGCUUGGCCAACCAUCCUCUCUCUGGCGACUGCCCCCCUCCAGCCCCCAGCCCGGCCCGGGACCCUGCACGGCACCCCCCAGCCUGGCCUCGCCUCCCCACCCCAUGGCCAUGCCCAGACUACCAGCCCCUUGGGGCUCCGUCUGAACACUGGGGCGAGGGUCAUGCCCGCUCGGUCCUUCCAGUGCCCGCCCCUCAGUGGAGUGAGCACAGCUCUGCUGGCAGGAUUGUCGCUGGCAUCGGGAAUGAGCAUGCAACGCUGUCCCCAGGGCCUCCUGGAAGAGGGGCAACGCUUGCAGUUCUUCCCUGGAGUUACGAAAGUGCUCUGGAACUAGACGCUGGUGACUGGGUGACGCUGUGAAUGAGCCAGUGCCACAGAACUGUGCACCUGAAUGUGCAAGUUCUGUCGUGAGUGUUUUACCUUAAAAACAAAAGGAUCCCACUCCCCGACCUUGUCCCUCUGUUAAAAUUGAAAUAGAGACUGAUGUACGUCCCACUCCUGAAUACAUGUAAAAUGGGUACAAAAAUAUCUUCUAUGAAAAUGGUUUGUAAUCUGUAGAUUGUAAUCUGGGAUUUGUAAUCUGUUGAUUGUAAUCUUGGAGAUGUCUUAGAUGUAGAAUCCCAUCUUUGGGUUGUGGGUUUUUUGCUUUCUCCAAAUAAAUCUGAUCUUUAAAAUUCAAAAAAAGAAAAAAGGAAGGCCAGGCGCGGUGGCUCACAUGCCUAUAAUCCCAGCACUUUGGGAGGCCAAGGCGGGUGUAUCACAAGUUCAGGAGUUCAAGACCAGCCUGUGCAAGAUGGUGAAACCGCAUCUCUACUAAAAAUACAACAGAAUUAGCCAAGUGCGGUGGCAGGUGCCUGUA